AGACCAGCCUACAGCUCAGUCCUUUCCCUAGGCAUCAGAGGACGCUGAAGAAGCAAGUGGCUUGAUGCACUGGGCAAACGUGCUUGUCCUUUGCCCCUUGGCCUUGUACCAGCUGGCAGCUUUCCCCUUCGCUGCUCUCUUCCGUUACCUCAGUGCUUCAGGGCGGCUCUCUCCAACUGCCCGGUACGUCUCCCCGCCUGCUGGAGGAUGCCUCCUUGCCAGCACAGCCAUGGGCAGUUACACCCUGCUGCUCUUCAUCCCUGCGGCUGGCUCUGUGCUCGUCCUCCUCUCCGUCAGCCCAGCACGUGCCCACACCUGGGCCUUCAGCCUCCAGAUGUCCUGGCAGACGCUCUGCCAUCUGGGCCUGAGAAGCCAGGAGCUAGACCCACACGGCAUCAGGUCAGCUAUCAUCCUCUCUGCCACCAUGCUGCUGACUCAGAAAGUUACAUCUCUGGCCCCGGAUAUUCAUGAAAGGACUGUCCAAGGGUUUCUACAGCGAGCACUGCCUCUCUGUAGCUACUUGCUCUUUUUUCCAGCCUUCCUAGGAGCUUCCCUGUGCUCCUUCAAGAGGUUUCAGGCCCAGAUUGAGUUCUCAAGCACUUCCCACUGCCCACUGGGGGCUGCUGGCCGGAGAUGCCUCUGUGCACUGGUUCUGCAGGCACUGCGCGCAGGGCUAGAGGGCCUGUUAGCCACCAUGCAGGGCUGCACUGGCCUCAGCUGUGUGCACAGCAUGUGGACACAAGCCCUGCUCUUGAAGCUGGCCUACUAUUCACACUGGAUGCUGGAUGAGGCCCUCCUUGAGGCAGCAGGCUUCGGGCCAGAGGCAGGCCAGGGUGACCUUUCAGGCAGUGACCUGUGGAUGUUGGAGACCACCAACCGUGUGGCUGUCUUUGCUCGAACCUGGAACAAGACCAUAUCCCAUUGGCUGAGGAGACUCAUAUUCCAGCGUUGCCCAGUCCAGCCACUCUUUGCCACCUUCGCCCUCUCCGCCUGGUGGCAUGGUCUCCGGCCUGGGCAGGUCUUUGUUUUCCUGUGUGGGGCCAUCAUGGUGGAGGCUGACUACCAUAUCCACCCUUUCCUCCGUGCCUGGGCUUCCUCCCAUGGUGCAAAGCUCCUCUACUCUGCUGCAACCUGGCUCUUCACCCAGCUUAUCAUCGCCUACAUCCUGGUGGCUGUAGAGACCAAGAGCUUCUCCGAACUCCACCUGCUCUGGACUUCCUCCAGCAGCAUCUUUCUCCUCUCUUACAGCCUCACUUUGCUGCUGCUGCUCACCAAGAAAUUGAGGCAAAAUUGA